AUGCAAAAUUACACAAUAAUCCUCGUUCUUUGGAAGUAUAAAUUAGGUUUACGAGAACUCAGGAAGCCUUCACAUGUUCGUCUGUUUGUCGUUGCACCUCCACGCAUUCUACAGGAUGAAUCAAAUGUUGAUGUUUACUAUCAAGUGGAGCCUCCAAUGGCUGAUUUGAAUAACAGUCAGCUGCUUGAGAAGGUUCGAGAACUUUGCUCCAUCUAUACAUCAAGUCAGCUACGUUUAGUUGUGUUUGAAAGAAAAUUGCAAAGACCUAUUGCCCAAUUACGUAAAGAACUUAAUAUUGAGGGAUUUUUGCCGGAUCAAUUAGAUAUUUUAUUCAGCGUUCGUGACGCAAUUUCCAAUCCAAGACGAAACGGAUUGGCUACAUUAAGACAGUGCUCGUUAUCCGGAACACCUCAGCCAGAGCAAUGGAUGGAAGCUGUUAAAGCUCAAAUUGGAGGAUUUCCAGCUAUAGUUGAGCCUAUCAAGCCUCAUACAGCUAAUUCCAUAGGAAUUAUUAGAAAUGAAUUGGAAUUCAAGUCGUGGUUUCGACGUCAAUCGAAAGCGCAUCGAUUUGAAGAAUACUUGGUUACAGAAUACAUUGAUGAUGGUCGAGAGUUCAGUCUUCUGUGUACUUCCAAAAAUGGAAUAAUAGGUUGCAUUUCAAGUUUAGAAAGUCAUCGAUUGGUUAUUGAAUCUAUUCAAUCUCAAAAGCCUUUUGGUUUUGAAUUUUUUUCUGUUCAACAGACUCGUGAUAUACUGCCGGGAUUGGAAUCAUUUGCUGUUCAGGUUAUGCGAAGUGUUUUUCCUCGAGGCUAUUCAGGAAUUCUAUUCAUUAAAGGAUUUUAUAAGAACCACAAUGACAUUUUCUUCCUUGGAUUUUCAUUAGAGCCAGAAUGGGAUACCUUCAGACAACUUCUAUCUAUUAUGAAGCCAUUUUUCUUCUGGGAAUGUCUAGCUAUCGAAAAUUUAUAUGAUCAAGAACCUGCCAACGAUCUAGCGGAAUCGAAGAAAUACAACGCAAUUCUGAAUUUUCCGUCAUCAGAAGGUAUAUUAAUUCAUCAGACAACUAUCCAUAAACGAAGUUGUCAAGAGAUGAGAGUAGCAUGGAGGGCUUCCGAAGGACAAGAGAUGAGUGAUAGCGAUAGCAUCGACGACAAUGUUGUUCAGAUAUAUCUAUCGUGCACAAACCGAGAGAGGCUAUUAGAAGAUUGUUCAACAAUUCUUGAUCAAACAGAUAUAACAAUUGAUAAGAAUGUGUUGUCUGAACGACAGAAUGUCGCUAAACGCAAUUUGACGGUCAAAGAGCUCAUCCGUAGUUGUACAACAACUGAUUGA